AUGGGCUACGAAGACUCCGUCUACCUGGCCAAACUGGCUGAGCAGGCCGAGCGUUAUGAGGAGAUGGUCGAGAACAUGAAGGCCGUUGCCUCUGCAGACCAGGAGCUCUCCGUCGAGGAGCGGAAUCUCCUGUCCGUCGCGUACAAGAACGUCAUCGGUGCUCGCCGCGCUUCCUGGAGAAUCGUCACUUCUAUCGAGCAGAAGGAGGAGUCCAAGGGCAACGAGACUCAAGUCGCUCUCAUCAAGGAAUACCGCCAGAAGAUCGAGGCCGAACUCGCUAAGAUCUGCGAGGACAUUCUAGAGUGCUUGGAUGGACACCUGAUUCCCUCCGCCGAGAGCGGCGAGUCCAAAGUCUUCUACCACAAGAUGAAGGGCGACUACCACCGCUACUUGGCCGAGUUCGCCGUGGGAGACAAGCGCAAGACAUCGGCCGAUAAGUCCCUCGAGGCUUACAAGGCCGCCACCGAGGUUGCUACGACUAGUUUGGCCCCCACACACCCAAUCCGCCUUGGUCUUGCCCUCAACUUCUCCGUUUUCUACUACGAGAUCCUCAACUCGCCAGACCAGGCCUGCCAACUUGCCAAGCAGGCGUUCGACGAUGCGAUUGCUGAGUUGGAUACCCUUUCUGAGGAGAGCUACAAGGACUCCACUCUUAUCAUGCAGCUCCUGAGGGACAACCUCACACUCUGGACGAGUUCCGACGCGGAGCCUGCUGCCGAGCCCGCCGCCGAGCCUGCACCUACUGAAACUAAGGAGGCUGAGGCUCCUGCCGCCGCCGAGGAGGCAAAAGCUUAG